AUGACUACUGUAAGAACCUUAGUAGCAUGUGCUGUGAAGAAAGGUUGGGGUAUGUUUCAACUUGAUGUUAAUAAUGCUUUCCUUCAUAGAGAUCUCCAUGAAGAGGUGUAUAUGAAAGUGCCUCAAGGCCUUGAGAUACCUAAUCCAGGUCUGGUUUGUAAGCUAAAUAAGUCACUCUAUGGUCUCAAACAGGCCAGUAGGCAGUGGUAUGCCAAACUGACUGAGGCAUUAUCAUUCAGGGGUUACACACACUCACAUUAUGAUCACUCACUGUUUUACAGGAAGGCCGGACCCUUGGUAGUGUUUGUUGCCGUAUAUGUAGAUGAUGUUAUUUUGACAGGCACAGACACAACUGAAAUUGUACAGCUCAAAGUGUAUCUAGACGACACUUUCAAGAUCAAGGAUCUUGGCAGACUCCAUUACUUUCUGGGCUUAGAGAUACUUGACACAACAGAGGGGGUUCUUAUUUCACAACGAAAGUUUGUUUUGGACUUACUCAGAGAAUAUGAUUGCUUUAAUUAUGCACCUCUGUCUUCACCACUAGAUCCUACUGUCAAACUAAGAGCCAAGGAAGGUCCUCCUCUAUCUGAUCCCACAUUCUAUAGGAAGUUGAUAGGCAAGUUGAACUUCCUUACUAAUACCAGACUGGACAUAGCCUUCAGUGUUCAACAAUUGAAUCAGUUCAUGCAAGAUCCUAGAGCUCCUCAUCUACAAGCAGCUUAUCACUUUCUUAGAUACCUAAAGAAGGAUCCUACUUUGGGAGUACACUUAUCUAUGGACCCUGACUGUACAGUUCAAGCCUUUUGUGACUCAGAUUGGGCAUCCUGUCCAGACUCAAGGAGGUCAGUCAGUGGCUAUUUAGUACUACUUGGGAACAGCCCCAUCAGCUGGAAGUCCAAGAAACAAGAGACUGUUUCCCUAUCAUCAGCUGAAGCAGAAUAUAGAUCACUCAGAAAGGUUGUAGGAGAGUUGACUUGGCUUCACAGGUUGCUUACUGAAUUGACUGUUCCUAUCUCUUCUCCUAUUGCUGUUUACUGUGACAGUCAAUCUGCUAUUUACAUUGCUCGUAAUCCUGUGUUCCAUGAGAGAACUAAACACAUUGAAGUGGAUUGUCACUUUGUGCGCAAUAAGCUUCAGGAGGGGCUCAUUUCUCUGCACCAUGUAUCCACCUCUGACCAACUUGCUGACAUUCUUACCAAGGCUCUCACAGGUGUCAAACAUUCAGUCAUUUUACACAAGUUGGCAGUGAAAUCAUCACCUCCAACUUGA